AUGUCUUUAAACGCACCGUAUGUAAUCGCAAAGCUACUCGAAGGCGCAUCCCUAGGAUACAGCUUCCAUCUUAUCCGUGAUGUAUUCAGAUUCGGACGGGAUGUCGAGCGUAUAUCCAUGCCUCACAGUCCAAACCUACUACAGGCGCAAAACGGCCUACCACAGACCAACCCUUCCGCCAAUCCCAACAACAACACCAUGCCCACAACGGUCGAAAUUCAAAAGUACAUCGCCAACGCUCGCUAUUGUCGGUCCGACUGUCACGCGCAAAUUGUCUUACAGAUGACUGCCUACAUCCUAAGGUAUUGGGGUCAUGAUACGUUUACGACUCUGAACAGAAUACAGGCGGUCUUGGGCUUGGGUGGUUGUGCAAUUAUCCUGUAUGCUUUGUGGAAGAACGAGAAGAAAUUGAGGGGCAUGUUGGAAAAUGGAGGGGGAAAGGAUGUGGAGACGGGGAGGUUAGCUUGGGAGGGGAAUGAGGGAAGGGGUAAGGAUAUAGAGAAUGAGAAGGUUGGAUUUAGAGAUGAAAAAAUAGAGCUGCUAGAGGGGAAGGAGGAGAGGGAGAAAUAA